AAGCGACACUCCGCGUCCUUAAGAACGUUAUUGUUCGAAGAAUUUCGAGACGAAUUUCAGUGCGCAACGAGAUUCCGCGAUCAUGAAGCUGCUCGCUGUCCUCGCCGUCUUCGUCGUGUUGGCCUGCACUUCGGCCAGUGUGCUACCGGUUGUCUACGACGGACCUACUUACGAAUUGACUACAAUCGAGGAUGCGGCGUACGACGAGGUGCCGGAGAACCUGCCGCCCAUCCGGAACCGGCGCGUGACCUGCGACCUUCUGUCCUGGCAGUCCAAGUGGCUGACCAUCAACCACAGUGCCUGCGCGGCCAAAUGCCUGGCGCAGCGUCGCCGGGGCGGACGCUGCCGCGACGGCAUCUGCAUCUGCAGGAAGUAGGCGUCGUCCUCGCCCUCGAAUUGUCUCGGUCUCGGCCAACGGCAAUGUCCCAUGGAUCCCGCUAUCGCCCGCUGUCCUAUGGUAUUGACUGCGCCGGUGAACGCCGUCGUAAUCCCAAUUAAUAUUCAUGGGAGAUCACGAAGGGACGCGGUUUAAUCACCCGAUCGAUAGUCCCGGCCUCGCUUGUCCGUCCCUCCGCGCCAAUUUCCGCCGAAACGUUAUUAACAAUAAUUAUUUUAAUCACUCUCGCGCUGAUAAUAAGAAUAACAGUUCUUGUUCCGCGUUAGCGUCGCGACGGGCGUUUCACGGGGAAUUGACGACAACUAAUAUCGACGUUAUUAAUGGAAGUUAAUUAAAUCGUUUAUCGUAAAUGGCACCGUGAUAGGAGGAUUCACGUAACAUUUGUCAGCCGUCCCUUUAUGGCGCGCGCGCGCGCGUAAAAUCUCCGAACGUAGUCUCGCGAAAAUCAUUUCGAUAAUGAUACGUCGAUUGAUAUUAAGUUGUAUUAUUUAUAACAUCACUCGUAUCCCAUAAUAAAACCACUUAGAUAUCAUAAUUGCGUCGAUGCCUACCAAUUUCACAGCUGCGUAUUCAUUAAACGCAACGCGAGUACGCUUAUGAGUGUCGGAACCUGCCUCGCAAGGUAAUUAGCGACGCUUGCAAUAAUUAGCUGUUGUAUUAUUGUAUUAAGUAAACGCCAUUUGGCCAGAUUUAAUAAAAUAACAGCGCACAAUCGCGAUAACAUUUUGGUAAUGAA